UUAGAAAGUGGACAGUAUUCAAAUGCUGAUGAGUUUGAGUCAGAUAUUCGUUUAAUGUUCCAGAAUUGUUAUACGUAUAACGGAAGGGGUUCUGAAGUAUAUAAUAUGGGGAAGAUGCUUGAAGCAGUGUUUGAUAAAAAAUGGUCAGAGAAACCUAUUCCUCAAUAUCGACGACAAAUCAAAGUUGAAGAUUUUUCAGAGUCGAAUAGUUCAUCAGAUGAAGAUGAAAGUGAUGAUCAUAGUGAUCACAUAAGAGCUUUGCAGAUACAUUUAGAAGCUCUGUCAUCAGAGAUUUCACAGAUAAGAAAGAAACAUAAACCGUCCAAAAUUAAGAAAAAACACGGUUCUAAAAAGGGUACUUUGACUCAACCAGCAGGAACGGGUAAAAAAUCACUAAAGCGUCCCAAAAAAGAAGCUAAAAAAUCGUUAAAGACACCUCGCAGUAUUAAAAAGCCUUUGAAAAGUCCUCGCUCGACAAUUAAACAAGAAGAAAAAGGUCUUACUCCUGUUCAGAAAGUUGAACUUGGACAUCGAAUUCAACUUUUAUCGGCUGACCAAAUGGCAGUUGUAGCUAACCUUAUUCGCGAGAGUGGUGCACCUAUACAGGAUGAAGAUGGCGAAUUUUCGUUUGAAAUUGAUUCUCUAAAUGUUAAAACUGCCAGAGAAAUGUACGACUAUGUGAUACAAAAUACGGCUGAAAAGGCCAAAGUUAAGAAGAAGCAACCGCCUGCAAAGAAACCUCGUACACAAUCUCUAGUAGAAGAACAAGAAGCACAGAUUCUUGCUCUUGAAAGAACAUUGGCAAAAUUUGAGCGAAACUCUGCCACUUCAACUUCUGAAGGUCAAAACGAAAGUGAUAAUUCGAGCGAAAGUUCUUCAGAUAGUCAAAGCUCUAAUGAUGGUACAUCUGACUCUCAAAGCUCCGACUCAUCUGGUUCAGAUUCCGAAGAUUCAGGCAGUGAGUCACCAUAG